AUGAAAAUUUCAAAUUUCUCUCUUUUCACGCUUACUACAGUUUCAUCUGCUUUUCUUCCGGAAAGAUUGUACGGAAGAACAUAUGUCGACAACUACCAAGCCCGCGCGCGCGCCCUUCAAGUUUGCAAUCAACGAUGUCAGCGGCAUCCGAAACAAGUUGAUCUCGAGUUUAUCCGAAUCUCGAUGGGCUACAGCAGCCAAUUUCGCGUCAGAACUCCCGAGCAUCGGGGAAAAUUUAUCGACAUUGGCGCUUGUGGCGGAAUUUGUCACGCGCCAAGCAGCAUAACUGCCGGAAGUCUUCAUGUGAAUGAAAACACAGAAACGACUUGCGUUCCGACGAGAUUCAAGCCAUUGGUUUUGCAGGUUGCAGAUGACAAUGGAUAUUUCAAUGAAAUUACGAUAGAAAAUGGAAUCAUUGAACAAUGCUCCUGUGUGACCAUUAGCAAGAUGAAUUGCUAA